AUGGUUGAUACCAAACGACAACUAGAAGAUGAUACAUCAAAUAUAACGAAAAAACUCAAAACUGGUACAUCAGGUAAAGGAUUAGAUGUUGAAUUACAUCCAUUAUUAAAAAACUUCAACACAACUCAAACUCUUAAAUCAACUAAAAAUCCAAUAAAAAGGAAAACUCAAAAUUGGUUUGAUCCAAAUGCUUUUAAUCCUUAUUUAAAUCAUUCAACACCUACUCAAAGAUCUAAGAAAUUAAAAUUUAAUACUCAAGGUAAAUAUAUUGAAAAAGGUGAAAAAUUUAGAGAAAAUUUAAAAAUUGAAAAUGAAGAAAGAAAAUUACAUGAAGAAUUGGCUAAAAAAGGUUUAAUACCUGAUAAAACAAUUGGUGAAGAUUUAUAUCAACCUGAUUUUCCUCCUUUAAUUGAAUGGUGGGAUAGACCAUAUUUGAGGGAUAAUAACUACUUAAAAAUUGAUGAUGAAUCAAGAAUCCUAUUAGAUAAUGAAGAACAACCAAUAACUUUUUAUAUUCAACAUCCAAUAUUAUUACCUCCAAUUUGGGAAGAUCAACAACAAAAUCUUAAACCAAUGUACUUAACCAAGAAAGAACGUAAAAGGAUACGAAAAAAUGAUAGACAAAUAAGACAUAAAGAAAAACAAGAUAGAAUUAAAUUAGGUUUAGAACCUCCUCCUCCACCAAAAGUUAAAUUAUCAAAUUUAAUGAAUGUUUUAACAAAUGAAUCAAUUAGAGAUCCAACAGCUGUUGAAAAUAGAGUUAAAAAAGAAGUUGAAGAAAGAUUACAAAAACAUUUGAAAGAAAAUGAAUCAAGAAAAUUAACAAAAGAACAAAAACAUGAAAAAAUUUGGAUAAAACAAGAUAAAGAUUUAUCUAGGGGGGUUUAUUCAACUGUUUAUAAAAUAAAUAAUUUAAAUAAUCCAUCUCAUGCUUUCAAAAUUGAUAUCAAUGCGAAACAAAAUAAUUUAUUUGGAAUAUGUUUGAAAAAUCCUGAAUUUAAUUUGAUAAUAGUUCAAGGUGGUGAAAAAUCUAUAAAUCAUUAUAAGAAAUUAUUAAUGAAUAGGAUUAAAUGGAAUGAAGGAGGGGAAGAGGAAGAACAAGUUGAUUCUGCUGUAAAUAAAACUGAAAACACUUGUAAAAUAAUUUGGGAAGGUCAAUUACCUGAUGCUAAUUUUCAAAAAUGGAGUAUAAUGUAUUCAAGAAAUGAUGAUGAAGCUAUUAAUGUUUUAAAAAAAUUUGGAUUAGAAAAUUAUUGGAGAUUAGCUAAAAGUUAG